UUUUGCCAAUAUAACAAAAGUAACAAGUACAUCAAAAUUUGUACAUAAUGAGGCCCGUGAGAAGUAACGAAAGAUGCUUGGGAGAGUACAAAUGCCCUAUUUGUAAUCGAACAUGGAUGUCUGGUAAUUCUUGGCCUAAUAUGGGGCAAAAAUGCCAACAGUGCCAUAUCAAUGUUAUACCACAUAAACAGAGUCCUCGGAAAAAACCUGACGGUCCUUACAUUUCGGUCCCAUCAAGAGAACAUCGUCAGGACCUCUGUGAAAAAUGCAAACAACUUGGUCAUAUCUGCGUGCCAGGGUUUAAGCGAGGAUAUACGGUUUAUUUAUAGGUUACCUUAAUUUAAAUGAUGUAAACACCCAAAUUAUAAAAAUCAAAAUUAGUUUACCUACAUUAAAAAUUAUUUAAAAUUUCUGUUAUGAUUUAGUUAAUAUUCAAUAAAUAUUAUAUCGAAA